UCACAGCCUCAUCCAUUUGCAUUGCCAGGAGGUGAGAACAAUGAUCAGCGAGCUACAGAAGCUCGGUGCUGGGCUAGCAGGGUUUGGUGUUUUCUUCCUCCUCUUCGGGGUACUGUUAUAUUUUGACUCUGUGCUUCUGGCUUUUGGUAAUCUCCUUUUCUUAUCUGGUCUUACUCUUAUUAUCGGCAUCAGAAGAACUUUUACCUUCUUCUUCCAGAGGCACAAACUGAGAGGCAGCUCUUUCUUCCUGGGAGGGGCAUUGCUUGUGCUUCUACGCUGGCCCCUGCUUGGGAUGAUCUGUGAAUUCUAUGGAUUCAUUAGUCUUUUCAGGGGAUUCUUCCCACUGGUCUUUGGAUUCCUGGGGUCUUUAGGGAAUAUUCCUCUACUGACAAGUCUCUUUCAGAAGCUGGCAGGAGGAGAUAACAACAUGGUAUGACCAACUGUCCAAACUGAAGCUAUGAUAUCUCUUCCAAUCAUCAUUGUCUAAACCCUUAUGCAAUUGUUAAUACUUUCACUGUAUAUGAAAUAUAUACAAUGCGUGUGUGCAUCAUACGUUGUUACUGUCAUAGCAAGACACCAGCACAGAGAAGAAAUAGACGACUAUAGUAAGGCAAUAUAAACAAGGCUUUGUACUGACUUCCUGAAUAAUGAACUAAUAACAUUUAAAAUUCACUCUACAUUUAUCACUCAGCUUAUUCAUAAUCGGAAUGCACACGAUUGCAUUUCACCUUUAGAUGGAAGCAUUUUUGUAUGUGUUAGCAUAAAUGCUUUUAAUAAAAACUAUAGAUGUUUGAAGAGUGUAUUUUAGUACUUGGUUAGAGAGCCUAAGGUGAUUAUAUCAUCUGGUAAUGACUAAGGCCUCGCUUCCAUUGAGUCGUAAUUCAGUUUGCGUGCACUCGCAAACCGUUAAAUAUGCUGUCGAAAGCAAUAUCGUUUAUCGACUGUUUCCAAUGGCGCGUUAUACCUCAAUAUCGGCAGCUGGACUUUGGCUCCCGAAAAAAUCUUCGCUUCCCAUAGAAAGUAAUAGAAGCCGUUAAUCGAUAAAUUAUACCAGGUUUCCAAUGAAAGCGCAAACCGUUAAUAUACCGUCGGAGGCUGUCGAUACAUUGAGAAAUAUUACACCCAGCUCAACUAGGUGUAAAAGAGGAAAAUUGUGCUUUUUGAGACCUAUUUUCUAUUGAAAUUAUAAAACUUGCAAAUAAUGCAAGUGUUUUAAUGUAGAAAUAAAUUGUUAUAAGUAAUUUUUAUUGUUGUCUCAUGUAUAGGAAUAGUUAAACUUAUAUUCUAAUAGAAAUAUCAGUAUAUAUUUAAAUAUAAUAAUAUAUGUAAGAACAUAUCUACAGAAUGCAAACUAGACCUAUGCCUAGGGAAGAAAGACAUAUUACUUAUAUUUAUGAAGUGUAAAAUAUAAUUAUAUUAGAAAAUAAUAUUUGCUUAUUAAAGUGUAUCUUUAUUUUUCUUGAGAGGCGAACACAGGUAAGAAGCACGGACGUUAAACGUAAAUUCUAUAGCAUAAGGUCGGGUUACCUUAGCAACUAAUUGAUUUUCAAGAAAUCCGACGUCAGAUGGAAGCGUUAACACAACGUUAACUUACAGCUACAUGAAAAGAGCGACUGCGCGCAACACGCUAAUCUUUUCAAUGGAAACCUGGUACUAAAAUGGAGCCGUAAAUUACUUUUAGCUGUCGGACGCUUCGGUAGCUUACGGCUCCAUUUUUAAUGACUCAAUGGAAGCGAGGCCUAAGUUUGUUAAAUGCUGACAUGAUUGAUACACGCCCCACUGGCUCUCUGAGCAACUGCAAUAUUUAAAAUGCUGAUAUACUGAGAAUAUCUAGCUAUGCUUCACAUGCACGUGCAGAGAAAAAUGUUAACAUUAAAAUAGUGAUAAGUUUUACUAGAAGCAUUUUUGCCAAUACAUGUAUAUUGUAAAUAUGUUUCUACUCAAAUAUAUAAUUUAUCUAUGUGCAUCUCAAUUUUGACUGUAAUGUCCCUUUUUAAUGGCACAAUCUUAAAGGGUUAUUAAAGUAUUUUUUUCUUUGUUGCAUAUAAAAGUUGGUUUUAAAAUGUA